ACACCUGCCUGAGGUUACUGCUGACGUCCCCAAACUGUGUGUCGAUAAUGGCAAGUGAGCUGUGGUGACACCAUGGCAAUAGCAGCAAGUGAACUGUAGUGAACGCCGAGUCAAUGGCGGCAAGUGAACCGAGCAAACUGUUGUGAAUGUUGGGAAAGCUAUUCCUCCCUACCAUCACCCUCCCCUCCCCCAAAAGUGCCAUUGAGGUGAAACUUUAACAGCCGAAGGUUUUCAUUGACUAAAGUGGGCUGGACACCCAGCAACGCUCCACUGAGUGGAACAAUGGACCUGAAAGAGGGUUACUCGGAUACUUUGAACAUCACCAUCAGUGCGUGCAUCUACUACUCUGUACCAUUCGAUGUACUCGUCUCCUUCAAAACCACAAGCAGCAGUGGAAGUGAUGACUUCUCAAAGAGACUUCCACUUGAGGGAGGGUCUGUGAAGCGACUGUGAUGAUAGAGAGGCCAUGAUAACACGAUCGCUGCUAAAGGAAGAGGACUUCGCUGUCCGAAGGUUUACUUUAGGUUGAUCGCUGCUGAUAUAUUUGCAAGAUUUUAAUACUUCUACGUUUACUGUAGAGCCUCCAUGUAAGAGCAACUACAGUUUCUGGCACUCAGAAGGUUCAGCAGGACCAUUCACUUGUGAAGCCAGCCACCGACUGGGAGUUCAAACAACUUUUGUUUUUAUUUUCAUUAUUUUUUUGGGAGUGGACUUUAAGAUUGAUGUUCUCCACCUGAACCGGUUCUUGAUCGGGCAUUAGUUUUCUGAUCCGGAACACUAGCACCAUGAAUAUCCUAGCAUUCCUAGUGGUGGUGUUCGUGGUGUGGGUGCCGACGACACGAUGUCAAGACCUGGUCAGAUAUAACAUCACAGAGGGGCAGGAGGCUGGCAUUUUUGUGGGCAACACAGCUGUGGACACGAAGCUGUUUAGCAGCACGAGCCCCGAAGAAUUCCAGCUCGUGAGGUUCCAGCUGUUCGAUCGAGGCAACCUUAACGCCGCCUACUUCCGGGUGGACAACCAAAGUGGCGUCAUCCGGACCACAGCCGUCAUCGACAGGGAAUCGCUGUGUCGCAACAACCUCGUCUGCACUGUCAUCCUGGACAUCGCGGUCUGGCGCCAGACGGUGCCCUCGGGUAGUUCUGAGAUCUUCAAGACCAUUCGUGCCACCAUCAGCAUCGAGGACAAGAACGACAACCCACCCGAGUUUCCACAGAAAGUCGUGACCUUAACCAUGCCUGAGAACAUGCCGGCGCCAUACAGGCUGUACACCAGCGUCGCCACCGAUGCCGACAAAACGGGAGAGAACUCGGACAUCUCCUACGAGCUGGAAAGCAGCUCUCCGAUCUUCUCUUUGCAAGUGGACAGAAACUCCGACAGCGGGUUACCGGACCUCAUUAUCGUGGUGAACAAGAUGUUAGACAGAGAAGACACGGACUCCUAUUACCUGACAAUCGUUGCUAGGGACAACGGAGUGCCGAGGUUAUCGGGCUCCGUGCUCGUGCGGAUCGAAAUCACAGACGCCAACGACAAUGAGCCCAAGUUCCUGCAGUCCAACUACUCUGUCGAUGUCAUGGAAAACGCGUCCAUCAUGGACCCGAUACUGACGGUGUCCGCCGUCGACCGGGACAUCAAUGAGAACGGAAGGGUGGUGUACCAGCUGAGCUCCCGAGUGAGUCAAGAAAUCCGAGACACUUUUAGAGUCGGAGAAGGCGACGGAAAGGAUUUGACCAGACCCAUUGACUACGAGACCAAGACUCGCUUCCAGUUCUUCGUGGAAGCCACGGAUCGCGGAACGCCACCUCAGUCGUCUGCAGCCUUCGUCGUGGUUAACAUCGUUGAUGUCAAUGACAACGCACCGCGCAUUCAGCUCACUCUCUCCCCUGAAGGAACCGAUGUCAUUGAAAACACCCCGCCGGGCAAAUUCCUGGGACACUUUGCUGUCUCCGACAUGGACAGCGGGGCUAGCGGUAACGUGGUCUGCGAGAUCCGAGACAACAACUUCCGGUUGGAGAACUUCGACGGCCAACCGAACGUGUACAAAAUAAUACUGGCGCAGUCGCUGGACCACGAAGACAUCCCUGUCAGGCAGGUCACCAUCAGGUGUCAGGACCGAGACAAGAACCCGCUUAUCUCAACUAAGACCUUUGAUGUCAAGGUUAUCGACGUCAACGACAACUCACCUGUCUUCGUCCAGUCGGCCUUCACAGGUGUCAUCUCGGAGAACAGGCCGGAGGGCACAUACGUGCAGCAAAUGUUUGGAGACAGCUCCAACGUUCUCACGGUUGCAGCAGAGGAUAUGGACGAUGGAGACAACGGGAGGGUUUCGUAUCGCAUCCAGGGCUUUUCGAACUUCUCCGUUGACCCCUUGACCGGAACUAUCAGCACACUUAUGUCUUUCGACCGAGAGGUGCAGGACAAGUACCAGUUCGUUGUUGUCGCUCAGGACGCCGGUUCCCCACGCCUGACGUCUACCGCAACGAUUAUCGUCAACAUUUUGGACCAGAACGAUAACCCUCCCCAGUUUCUGCAGCCGGCCUUUAACCUCGACUUGAGAGAGAACAUGGAACCGGGGUCAUCCGUCGGCAGCGUGGCUGCCAUUGACAAGGACAGUGGCCCAAAUUCUCGGAUGGUGUACACCAUCGUCCGCGACGAAGACAACAGUCGAUACUUCUCUGUCGACAUUGACACCGGUCUGAUCACUUCCAAUCAAAUGUUCGAUAGGGAGAUUCGCUCCUCCUUCAUGUUUUCAGUGGAGGUACAGGACCCGCUAGUGCUCAGCUACCGCGACGUGGCCAACGUCUUCGUCACGAUACGCGACGAGAACGACAACGAUCCUGUGAUCGUCAAUCCCACACCUGCCAACAACUCCAUCACCCUGCCCAACAACAGCACCAUCGGCACGACUAUCAUCGUGAUCCGAGCAAGAGAUUUGGAUGCCCCGGAGUCCACGAGGUUCGACUACUUCCUGGAAAGGAGCGACAGCGACGGGUUGUUCCAGAUCAUGACGGAGACCGGCGGCUUGAUCCUGGCCAGGGAGAUUCACAAGGACGACGCCAAGCGUCACGUGAUCGUUGUGGGUGUGUCUGACGGAGGCGUGCGCCCUCGCACAGCUACCGCGACCCUGUUCAUCAGCAUCCCAUCCGAGGGGCUGCAAGCGGCGGCGGUGGCCAACAUCUUGGACGAGCCCAACUUCCUCAUCGUCGUGAUUAUCAUCUCCGUCACUGUCCUCGCUGUUCUGCUCAUCGUCGCAGCUAUCUGCAUUAUCUUCAGGCGAGACAAAAACCGCAGGGCAGGACGGACACAACAACGUCAGGUAAAAGAUAAGAUGUAUCAGGCUGCUCACUGGGUCAGCACGCAGUCCCUCCCACUGGCCAAAGACAGCGGAUCUCUGUCAGGUCACGAGGUGUCGCGAGGGUCCGACAGCUCCUCCGCAGAAGCCAAGAGAAGCAAAAAAGAAGUUAGCUUUUCCUUGGCUGACGAUUUAGAGAAGGAUCAGGAGGCAGACGCCGACACCAGUGGCUCCUUCGGCUCUGUCUUCUCUUCGCAACCCGUCACCACGCCGGAAAAUAAUAAUAUGAAAAUGCUCGGCGAGGGUCGAUUCGUGUUUGUAAACGGGAAAACGCUGUCGUCUACAAACUCUGGCCACUGCUACGAGAGUUCAGACAGUCACCUGUACCAGAACACACCUGUUGCGGAAACUGACGAUCGUCUGAACCUACAGAUCGAGCGGCGAGGAGAGGAUGCUCUGAGCGAGAGUUCCGGGGAGACUGGCACCGACAGCGGGCGGGGUGGCAGCGAGGACGAGGUUCAUAGCAACAGAGGCUCUUCCAUGGAAACAGACUCUCGCAUGUUCCACAUGAAGCAGCCGCUUGGUGGCACCAGUGGUAGUGGGUUCUCUACCUUCGCGUCGGAACGCGCCAAGCGCAGCAAACCCUCCUCGCUCUCCUCCCUGCCUGAAGAGCAGCAGCAUCGACAGCUACUGCACGAUCCCCACCAGCCCCUGCGUCAGCAACAUCAGCAACAGCAGCUGCGCCACCCCCUGGAGCAGGAAAGCCACCCUCUCAACCAGCGUCACGUCUACUUUCGGUCGUCGGCCGAACAACUGGCCACCCGUGGCCUGGGCUACCCGGCCGGCUGCGGUCAGAACUACCCGGUCAGCAAAGACACUUAUUUCACAGUGGACCGGACCCGGGCGGAAGGGCCCCAGCGUAUGAGGGAGGCACCUGUGGCGUGCAGAACGUUCCAGACUUUCGGCCCUCAGUACCAGCACACUCACCCCGCCUGGCGCCGUGCCAAAGGACUGGACGGCGGCCGUCGCUUCCUCUCCCCCACCACGUCAUACGGCACCAACACCACCCCCAACACCACUGCCACAAUCGAUGACGACGACCUGACGACGACAUCGGGGAGCUACACCAUCAGCCCCGACGACCCGCAGACGGAUGCUGACGAGGCCACGUUCCCACCACAGCCGCGUGACGUCAUGGUCUGAACAAUGACAGGGUUCGAAUCCCUGCGGCCGGAGUGAGCAGCGAGUUGGCCUACAGCGCUGCUGGGACUGGACGAUGAUGGAGGGUUUUGCUCAGAAUGUUGAGGGGCCCGGUGCAGGUCCGCUCCCGAUAUACCGGUGUUCUUUUGCCUUCCACGUACCUGGCUUGCUGUCCGCAUGCUCUGGACUCACAUUUAAAAGUUUGUGGCAGGAAGACUGUUAUCUGGAUUUUCUUCAGCUAAGAAAGGGAAUAGUUUGAUGACAGAUCAGAACUGACCGGAAGCUGUCCGGAGUGAGUGCGUGCGUGUGAGUAGGAGGACGGGGGAAAGAGAGGAGUGACGUGGGUGACGUAAUGCUGUGUCGAAGUCCACACACAAAACAGCUUUGAUUUCAGAACCCUGACGAGGCCCCGGAACUUAUCACAGUUGUCAGCAAAGCCACUCACUAGCCAAGACGCAUCGGUCGGCAGUAUUGAACCAGGUGUUAUCUACUCUCCCUUCAAAACAUGAAUCCCCCAACCGCAACUACUCCAUCAAUAAAAAAGUUCCUACCUUGCGUUGCUGUCAUAAGGCGCCUCUAGCAUGACGGGAUGAACUCCCAGUGAACUUACAGUGAUGAACUCGUCUGCCAUCUUCACACAGAUUUGUCUUUCUUUUGACCAUCGCUGUAUGAUGAAGGUUGACGAGGGCGAAGAGAAACACACGAUUAUCAUCGUCUGACAUUAAUAAAUCCUUAGCGUGUCUUAAGAUAUGUGAAUGUGAUGUUACAGUUCAUGUCAUAUUUGAAACUGAGGAGUUGGGGCUUGAGGAAAGCAUUUCAAAUCCGCCUUUAGGUAACUAAGGUCUUGAACAGUUAGGCAAAUUGUCUGUCGGUGUGAACUGGAGAUAGGAGACAAGCUGACCACUGUCACUGUUACAUCACAAAGCAGGAGAUGUGGGGGCGAAAAACAAACCCCGCCCUACAAGCCCCCUCUACACACACACACCUUACAUAUCUGCGGGAACUAUCGGAAGGAAGGGUUCACGGACAUUUUUCUUGAACAGCCUGUUAACAAAACCUGGCAGCAGCUACCCAGGGUGAGGAAUGUGUGGUAUGUGCCUGUGAUGCAAACUGCGGACUGCAUCAAAAUGUCACAGAGCAGCGGAGGCUGGUUUUGUUUGCAUUGGACUAAUUUUUAGGACGAUAACAUUUUUACUAGAAAUAACAUCCAUGGAUCAGAAUGAGUCUCGGGACAAGAACCUUUUACCCAGUAACAUCAAAAUAGCGAAAAAUAGACAAGAAAUUCAAAACUGAAUAAAGACUUCGCUGAAAACAAAAUGUCAGUCUACAUCUUGCUAGCCAGCUGCACUGUCAACAACAAACGGCCAUGUCCGCUGUUUUCUUCCUCAACGCCAAGUCAACAGCUGAGGGUGUGUCAAGGCAAACUUGUCUCCGGCCAUGUAGACAUUCAGAGUGGAUCCAAUGCUGGAGACGAGAUUCGAACUCCAGCCCAAAGACCGGCACUGUCUUGGUCACUAGCUGCACGUGCGGACAAGCAAGGAGACCACAGGACACGGAGUAGAGAAGGAAGUUCACGGAGGAGCUUCAUACUUCUAUAACAAGCUCACCGGGAAAGCUCUUGAAAUAUUACAUGAUAUUUUCUGCUUUCCCGCACUGUACAGAACUUAAACUCAUGGUGUUGAACUGUCGACAUGAUAAACACUGCCAGUUGUUUUUCGAUAAACUCUCAAAUCCAAUCCGCAAGUCCAGUCGUGUGACUUUACACGUUUGGGUGGUCGAGAAGACAGUUUCACAACCAGAAACUGUCCUGGUAGAUGAUUCAAACACAAAAGACUGGGCAACCCGUAUUUUUAGUGAAAACAAAUCAUACGAUCCAAGUUCAUCCGGGCCUUUUUUACUCAUUUACAAUAAGUUUCGAUGAAGCACUUUAGUUUUGCUAGAUGUCAAGCACAAGGUUCAUGACUCAAGUUCACAAAUGACGAGAAGUUAAAAAUUUUUCUCCGUGUGGAAUCUCGUCCAAGAAUUCUUCCAGGUUCAUGCAUCUUCAUUUCUGCGAAUUGAAACAUGUUGGCUCCUGACUAAAGCAGCACAAAGCAAAACAAUUUUGUUGCACUUUCAUACAUCAUUAUUUCUAGAUGGAAGUUUUCACCUAGCAACAUUUCAUCAUAAACAACGCUGUGCUCAACCAUUCCACUCUAUAUCUGCUCACUUAUAUUAAUUAAAAAAAUAAAUUACCAAAGAGAGCGCUUCCACGAUGCCAGGAGUAAAUAUCCUACAGAUUUUUAUUUUCAAUGCUGUGCCAUCAUUUCGGCUUGAAUAUCAAGAAAUAAAUGCCACGCUUUUUAAAAGCUAAGCAUUCCUUUUCUGGAGAUAAUGAUCUGAAUAUUUCACACUACAAAGAAAAGCACUUUUUUUCGUGUUCUGUGUUUUUUGCAAGGUUUGAUGAUUUUCCUUUUGUGGAUACCAUGUUAUUGAUAGAUUGCAUGUAUUUAUCAUAUUUUACUUGUUUUUAUUUCCUCAUGUGAAACUGGUACAUUCAUUGUUCAAGACUGUCUUCUGACCCCAUACAAAUGCUUGUUGUCCUAUCUGUUUUGCGAGUCCCUGUAAGAUGGUUCAGUCUCUGAAACAAUCAAAAACACACAGAUGUGGGGUGAAUGGCAGUUACUGUCUUGGGAAAGUAAAAGGCACUUUUCCGAAAUUCGCCCCCUUUCUAAAAUUAAAUGGACGAACAGUAAAAUAACCACACCAACGAUGUAUAAAUGUAAACCCGACGAAGGAAGUGCCAAAUGUUUUUAUCUGUGAUAAUGGCUGUGUAUUGUGUGUGGUAUGACAAUCAUAACAUCGAAUCUUGUCGUGAGAUGUGUAACGGUCUGUCACUUCAUUUUGACAUAACUCUGCAUGCACCCGUGUACCCUGAUGUGCAAUUACUCUCAACUUUUGACAGAAUACUCAUGGUAGCAAUACAAUUGUUAGAUUACAAGCUGUGGAGAAUGGUGGGGUGGUGGGUCGAGGAAAAGCGAAGGCUAUAUCAAGGGAGGCAACACCGGAGUUGUUCCAUGGCAAGCAGUUUUACAUAGUGAUGUCCCUUUUCUCAUAAGUAUCAAUCUCGCAUGAAAAUGUGCUCGGCACGGUUCUCCUCUGUCUCUACAUAAGCUGUAUCAAUGUAAGUUUUAAAAAACUUAAAAAUUCAAAUGACAAUAUUACUGAAACUUAUUUGUACCAGGGUGUAAACUCAAACCUUUUCCAAAUGGCCAAUGGCUAAAGAAGUCUGAGUCCCCUCCACCAACUUUCUCUCCAUUCCUCUAUUUUAAAAAUCAAUGUCCAUGUCCUAACACUUGUGAUUAUUAGGAAUUGUUGCUUGCCUUGGUUUUCAGUAUUACACACCUAUAAAAUCCUGGAAACAAUAAUUUCGCACAAAUAAAAAUAAAGACUCUGCUUGAUAUCCCGCAGUAGAAUUGUCUUUAUUCUCCAUAGAAAUACUGCCGCGGUCUUUGAUACUAAAGACAAAGCCAAGAUGAGGUCAAACAUCUCUUCAAGUGUCAUUGACCUUUGACAUCAGAACUGUGCCAGUAAGAACUUUAUCAGCAAUUACCUUGUAUAAGAACCCCACCUGAUCAACCUCCUUCACAUCAUGAGAACCUGUGUUGUAAACGGCGGUGGCCCAUCGUCUGUGUUGUGCUGGUGUACACCUGUGUACAUGUUUCUGCUAAACGAUUCUUCACUUGCCAGGGUGGAUAGCAGACGACGCAGUGUGUUCUGUGUUCUGUAAUUAAUUCAAGAGAUGCGUUGCACGAAAUCCUUCGUUGAAAAAUAAAAUGCCUAUUCUGUGAGCUGA